UCCAACUCAAGACAGCACCUGGGCAUCCUGCUAUAGAUGAUACAGAUGGCGGCAUCCAUGGAGGGGACCCUCCCUAUGAUGGGAUUUAUUGCAAAAGAUAUAUACCCAACUUGCCCUGUUACAGCCCGUAAUGGAAAAAGAGUCCGGCCACAACAGUGUAAAUUUCGUGUAGAGCCAGAACAGUGCAGCGAGUCGCUGAGCUCUGACGGAUGGGGAUACACUGCCAAGGAGGACUUAGGGGCGAGAAGAGUGUGUUUCUUUUCUUCUCUGGGUGUGUUUCCUUUCUCCCCCCCCCCACCUCCUCAUGAGCUGUUAACUCCAGCACCGGUCCCAGGGAUGAGGAGGAUCUAUUUGUGAGGAAGAGGCAACAAAGGCAGAGGGAACAAGGAGCAACAGGGUGGCAAAUUCUGCGAGCGGGAGUGAGCGAGAAGAUCUCUUGUUCUCUGAGCGAGGGAAGCUGCAAACCACAUCGGGAUGUGUUGAUCCACGUGAUCCCUGCUGGAGUCCUGACUCUGAGCAGCAGCCAUGUGAGAGGAGCCGUCACACAGCAGAGGAUGCCCACGUCCAGCUAGAGAAGAGCAGCCUUUCUCCCUCCCUUGUGCUCCCUCCCUUCUUCCCACAUGAGGAGGAGAAGAUGACUAUCACCAGCCGGCAGUCCUUCAAUAUCCUGACGGUCAUAUUCCUGCUGUUGUCCACUGCAGCCCUAUCAGCUCAUUACCGAGUGUGUGAACCCUACGACGACCAAAAGGGGCGCCCUCACUUUGGCUUUCACUGCCCGCGCCUCACAGACAACAAGACUUACAUGUUCUGCUGCUACCACAACAACACGGCCUUCAAGUACUGCUGCAACGAGACCGAGUUUCAGAUGGUCAUGCAGAUCAACCUCACCACCACCUCAGACGGUUAUGCACACAAUAACUAUACAGCCCUGGUCGGCGUGUGGAUCUACGGCUUCUUCGUCAUGGUUCUGCUAGCGCUGGACUUCCUCUACUACUCAGCCAUAAACUAUGAGCUGUGCCGGGUCUACCUGGAGAAAUGGGGUCUGGGGGGACGCUGGUUGAAGAAGGCCAGGAGUCAGUGGCACAGAUCCAUGCCGGAGGAGAGCGAGGCCCAGGCUCAAGCCCAGCCCAUGGUUCCCAGCCACUACCAGCCGAGACACAGCCUCAGAGGGGAGAGCCACAGCCCCACGCUCCUGCCCUACAACACAUCCACAGCAUGAAAGAUGCUGCUGGUGGACAAACUGAAGAGUAGCAACACCUUGUUUCCUUACAUGGUACGGUGGAGAUGCCCGACACAGACACUGACUCAGUGCUGGGCUAGCCAUAUUGUAGUAGUUAGACGUGACUACUGACCCUUUCUAAAGAGCACAAAAACACCCGUGGACUGAAAGGAGCAGGCUGACAUGAAAACACGGAGGACAACAGCAGAGGAGCGACAGACACAUUCAGCCACUCACAGGUGUUCAGUGAUCCCUCAAAAUGGCUGCCAAGGCCUGGACUCUCCCAAACUAAUCCAGGCUGAACUGGAUAAACUGUACUGGCAAGUGAGAAGGAGCCCCGCCUGUUUUUAACAAACAAAGCUCAUCUUUCUAGAUAGAAAAUGUUUAUUACACUGCUGUGUCAGUUUGUGUUGAGUAGCAGUUAGACACAGUCGUGGGUUAUCUAUUUGGUGAUUUAUUUAUGUGAACUAGUCAGAGAAAUAUGUGAGUGGUUAACAUUCGGAGGAACAUGUGACAGCUUAGGUUGAUGCUGAGCAUCUCAAGUAGAGUAGACUGUUUUUGUUACUGAGAGCAGACACGAAACCUCUCUGCAGCCAUGCUGAAAUUGUAUGAAAUGUUUUAGAUCUCCUCUCUGCAGAGUCAGUGAUUUGUCUUUAUUAUAACGUGUCUGACAAGGACACACUGCCAUACAGUUGAACUGCUGUAGAUCUAAAGGUUUUACAGUAGGUUAUUGCUGAGAUUUUGUAUGAGGAAACUCCUGACACUCAAUAAGUUAUUCACCCAAAACAUUAAUGAGGAUCAGGGAUGCUUUUGCAAAAGGACAAAGCUUUAUGCUGAAUUGACCUUAACCCUUGGCUCUGAGCCUAGGAUUCCAUUUAAACCAUUGCUUAUGAAAGUUUAGAGCGAGACAGCCAGGGUAACCCCAUCUAUGACUCGAUUACCCUUCCUCAUUACCGGAGAUGCCUGAAAAAAACAGCUCCAUUAGCAAUAUGAUGCAAAUGAAUAUCCAUUUGGCUCUUUUAUAAGGAGCACACCAUAUCCCACACUCUUAAUAGACAAUUGUAAGCGAUUAGCCAUAAUGGAAAAUGUAAAGGAAAAAAAAAACAUUUGAAUCCCCUCCAAUGUCAGCAAUAAUGUACAGUAGCAUAAAUAGGAAGGAUAACAUGGUAUUUAAGAGUCGGAGAGGUCAGCCAAAUGGCACUGGGUAUUCACUGAGGUGUAUCACGAAGGGUUCAGCUUAGUUUACACUUUACAAGAAGGUGAAAAUGCCGUGACGUUAUUUUCUCAAUCAUUUGGUCCUUUACAUGUCAGAAAAUUGGUCAAACUGUCUUAUAUUAUUUCUGAAACCCCAAGAGUAGGGAUUUAAGUGCUUGUUUUAAACAACUGACAUCCAAAGAAAUUACAAUUUCAGUUUUUUAUCAUGUAUGGAGUCUUGGAAAUAACUCAAGAGAAUGAGUCAAGUGCACAUCACCAUUUUUUUCUUAGUUUAUGAAGGGUCAGAAAAUAGCUAAAACAAAGUCCUUCGCCAUUUUGUAGUGUCUUCUGGUUAUCAAAGACAUACAGCGCCUAUAAAAAGUAUUCACUCCCUUUUAUUGAUUUUAGAAAUCAGUCAUGGUCAAUAUAGUUUGAAUUUUAAUGUCAAAAACAAUAAUAAAAAAACCCUUUUUAAUGUCAAAGUGAAAACAGUUUCCUACAAAGUAAUGCCAAAUAAAAAUAUGUAUGGUAAAAAAAAUAACUACAUACAUAUUUACCCCAUCGCAGUGAGUGAAAUGGGGAUCACCUGGGUGCAGUGAAUUUGUCUGAAGGGAUUGUAGUAUAAAGAUAAUUUUUUUCUAGAAAGUCUAGUCACUGGUGAAUCAGUAUUCCUGGCUACCAUUACACCAUGAAGACAAAAGAACACUCCAAACAUCUUAGAGAAAAGGUUAUUGAAAAGAAUAAGUCAGGGGAUGGAUACAAAAAGUCCAAGGUACUCAACAUCCCCAAGAGUUUAGCUUAAAUUCAUCAUCAAGAAAUGGAAGGAAUAUACCACAUGUGUAAAUCUGCCUAGAUCAGACUGUCCUCACAAACUGAGUGACCGUGCAAGAAGGAGACUAGUGAGAGGCCACUAUGACUACUCUGUAGGAGUUAACCUGCAGCUGAGAUGGGAGAGACUCUGCAUACAACAGCUGUUGCCCAAGUUCUUCACCAGUGAAAGCUUUAUGGGAGAGUGGCAAAGACAAAUCCGCUGUCAAAGAAAACUUACUAGUAUAUUAAAUCUUAACUAGAGUUCACCAAAGGCGUGUGGGAGACUCCAUGAUCAAGUGGAAGAAAGGUCUUUGGUCUGAGGAGACCAAAAUGGUGCUUUUUGGCCAUUAGACAAGACGCUAUGUUUGGGGACACCAUACAUCUCCACAAACAUAUCAUCCCCAUGGUGUGGCAGCAUCAUGCUGUUGAGAUGCUUCUUGGCAGCCAGCCCUGGAAGGCUUGUAAAGGUAGAGGGUAAAAUGAAUGCAGGAAAAUACAGGAAAAUCCUGGAGGGCAAUCUUAUUCAGUCUGCAAGAGAACUACGGCGCAGAAGAAGAUUUAUUUUCCAGGAAGACAAUGAUCCAAAGCAUACAGGGAAAACUACACAGAAAUAGUUUCAAGACAAUUAGGUGAAUGUUCUGAAGUGGCUGAGUCAAAGCCCAGACCUCAAUCCAAUAGAGAAUUUGUGGUUGGACUUGAAAAGGGCUGUUCAUGCCCAGUCCAAGUGCAACCUAACAGAGCUUGAGUAGUUUUGCAAAGAGAGAGGAGUAAAAUCACAGUGUCAAAGAUGUGCAAGCCUGAUUGAGAGCUAUCCACUCAGACUCAGUGCUGUGAUUGUAGCCAAAGGUGCAUCUACUAAA